AUGGUAGAUAAAACUAUGAACUAAAUAAAUGUUGGAUCUUUGAUAAAAGAAAUAAUAUUAAGACACAAUUUUAUACUGAAAAGUGCAUCAAAGAAUCCGAUUGCAUUUCUUGAUAAUUUUAUUGUUUGCAGAAAUUGA